AUGAGUUUCAAAAAAGUUAUAGAAUUCAUAAGCUUGGUAAGAAUGAAUCAUUCGCUCAUUAAACAUCAUUCAGUUCAUACUUGUUGCAAUUGUUAUGGUUUGCAAUAUACUUUUCACUUAUUACUUCUUUUACAAACUCUGCAUUCGAAUAGUUGCGGCUGUACUUUGUUCAGGAUUAAACAACUGAAUUGUCACUGCUUCUGUGGUUUGAAGAAGUAGAACAUGGUUGGUUCGGAAAAAUUGACGUUUCCAAUGAAAUUGACAAACUCGAAGGAAUCUCCAAGUGAGUAGCAAGAAAUUUGCCUUCCGACUGAAUCUAUAAGGUACCACUGGGCAACGCGAUGAUAAAAUCAAUUGGUCGUAUCACGAAUGGGUUCUAGAGGUAUGUCUUU